AUGGCCCGCGACGUCUUUUGCGAUAUAAAUGCUGCUCCAGAAGCAAUGCAAUCCCUUAGUGGUGCCACCUCGUCUUUCUUUCCACAAUAUUCCCCCACCAACCUCAACAACUCUUCGGGUCCUGAUAACAUCACACAAAUAGCUCGCUAUGGCAUCCGAGGAGAACAUUUUGAUUCUGGUGGAGUUCACGCUAGUGGUGGAUUGGAGAUGCUCUUCUCAGAUGAACGCAAGCACAAGCUAUCCGUGCCGCCCAGAGACAAUCAGGGCAAGGCUGUCACAGUUGGCUGGCUCGUUGACUAUCUUUGUGAAGAAGUGAUGAAGGACUCAAGAAAGGAGAUGUUUGUUCUAGAUGGGCACGUCCGUCCAGGAAUACUAGUACUGAUCAACGAUGCCGAUUGGGAACUUGAGGGAGAGUCCUCCUACGCGCUGCAACCUAACGACAACAUCUUGUUCGUAUCAACUCUGCACGGGGGGUGA